ACAUUUCUAUCAAAUAAUCGCAUUACAAAUUUAUGUAAACUAUGCUAUGUUUUCGAUAGUGAAUACAUCACAGGACGCCGCUUCAAAUCAAGGUACAACAUCUUUUUGCUUAUAUCAUAUUAGAAAACAUUCGGACAUGUACGGAUGCUGGAACCUGCGUAACAUCCGUAUGUGACGUAACAUCCGCAUGUGACGUAACACUAUGCUACGCUAUGAACUCUGGGUAUUGAAGUCCGCUAGCCUAUACGAUCCGUAAAAACACUGCUGUGUUGAGAAUUACUGUAUAUUGAGGUAAAGUAAACAUGUUUUGCUAUCUGAAAAUGUCUAUACGCUAUACUAAUAUAUAUUUAAAACCAACGUUGAGUCACUAAUCUUUCAAAUAAAUAGUUCAAUUCUUUAUAUCCACAUGUAUGUUUCAAUGAAUCAUGAAUCAAUUCUAAUCAUCAUCUUAAAUCUUUUUAUCCAAAUCUUUUAUCCGUAUUGUAUUAUUUAUUAAUCAAUUAUUUUAUACGUCGUGACAUGCCAUCUAACUACUAUUUCCUCCGUCUAGAUUUACAAGGGUCUAUAGAGCGACCGGUAUUUAUUGACCUGACACAUGACGAGGAGGCUGGCUCCAGCAGAGCAUUGUUAGAUCUUACAGCACAUGACGAGGAGGCUGGCUCCAGCAGAGCGGUUCCGGACCCCUCAUUAUUAAUAGAAAGGAGUUGUGAUCUUACCACUGGUGGCGACGCAUGCUGCGUAGUGCCAGAGCCGUCAUUAUUCAUAGAAAGGAGUUGCGGAUCCGGUGACGAUGUGUCUAACUGGACAGAUACACAGCUGAACGUUUGGGAGCGUUCGUCUUGGUCCAGCGGGCGAGAGGAGAGGUCUCCGAUAAGGCGUCAGCAGACACCGUUAGCCGAACAAGAAGACAUCGCCGACGACGAACGAUCAUCAUCGGCGAGGGGUAGACAGACACCGUUUGCUCUUCAAGAUCAAAAUACUGUCUCGCUAGAUCAACUCAACGCUAUCUUAAGAGAGUCUAAUAUUCCUUUACACGAGUCCAUUGACAGACUGUGGGGUUCUGUCGGCGAGAUACAUACGAUUCUUAUGAGAUUGUAUGCUUUUAUCGAAGGUGUUAAUCAUCGCGAUGAAGCAUUGGAGAAUUCUUUCAACCGUUUGCUCGAGUCAUCAAACGAGCAGAUGAGAGAAAGGCGUCUGAUAGUUGAACUCCUCUGUGCUAUAAACGCCGUACUAUUUUCUAGAUAGUCACUAUUUUUAUAUUGACCAGUGAUCGCUAUAAGUUUUUACAUUUAUCUCUAUAUCUUAUAAUCGAUUUUUACAUUUACAAUUUUAUCUCUAUAUCUUACAUUCAAUAUUUUUUAUAUUACCAUUUAUAUCUAUAUCUGUUUUAUAUUUUUAUAUCUGUUUUAUAUUUGUCAAUUUAUAUCUAUUCACCAUUUAUUUUUGUAUUGGCUAUGCAACGUGACAUAAUUCCUCUUUGUUAGUGACGAAACCAUACGGGAGGGAUGGCCGAUGAAAAAUGUUCAGAGGCCGGGGAUAGCUGUCAUCCAGAUCAAACUCUCUCAGACCUGUUACAGGAUGCGCUCGGAAUGCACGCAGAGUCCCAUCAUCAUAACGCCGAUAGACUACGACUACUGUUAAAUACACACCCUGUACAUGAGCAAACUUUUAAUAUCGCGCCGCCCCAACAGAUUUCUAAUUUGGAAUAUUUGGAAGCUGCGAUACGUGAAAGUACAGAUUUUAAUCCAUGCAUCAGACUAUGCGAAAUAUUAAAUACGAGGGACACAAACACCGAACAAGCCGGCAGUGCGUUAUCAGAUACAAGCGUCCCGACUGCUGACUCGGCUCCCCCUAGAGGUAAUGUCGAUAACGAAAGGCCCUCGACUUCCGAUACACAGAGGACUAGCAGCGUCGACUUCGAUGCUUUGAUACGAGAUGGCGGUACCAUAAACGGUUAUCGUGUUUUACCGAGACCUCGUUUCAAUAGCGUGGAAUUGAGAAGACCCAUGAAUCUACGGGAUAUUGGCGCUACAGAUUUGGCGACGUAUCACGUUCGACUGCACGAGACCAUGAACGAAAUCGCGACGUUUGCCAGACAAAUCGGCGGCGAUGGUAGCGUAGUUAGUUUAUCCCUGAGAGGGCCCAGUCUUAAAUCUGACGUUACAGCUAUAUUAUCACCCGGCAAUGAUUACGACGUUAAUGUAUUUACCGAUCAAAUCGAAAAAAUUUUACAGAGCGAUGAUAGGUUAUUGUGUGACGACGCGGUCGAGAUAGGCGCUACCGUGGCUUCGAACAGACAAGGGGGAGGUAGCCAUCGUCGUAAACUCGCAGAUUUGGCUCUCGACCAGGUGAUCAAAAGAAAAAAGAUGAGUUUAUUUUGCCCUAUCAAUAUUGCGAAUAAUUUGUGCUUUUCUAUCUGUCUCGCCCAUUUUCUCGACCCUGAAUUACCGGAGAGCGACCUGGAAAGCCGUGCGGCAGUAAUCCAAAAUGAAGCGGGCUUUACUAUUCAUGACAAGAUCGGUCUUCACCACAUAGCAGCAUUUGAAAGACUGUUUGGCGUCAAAAUAGUCGUUUUUUACAGAACGAAUGGCGGAGCGUUAGAAACGUUUGCAAAUCAGAGGGAACCUCAUUUGAAAACAGUAUUCCUCUAUUUACACGAUGAGCACUUUUAUACGAUUCUUAAUCUAAAGGCGUUCAUCGGUACCGACUACGCGUGUACGUACUGUUAUAAAGGAUACAACGACGUUAAACAUCAUCACUGUAGCCGUGUCUGUAACGUGUGUUUUGACGCCGACUGUCACAAACACCCUAAAAGAACUGUACACUGUACCAAUUGUCUGAGAUUUUGCAAUUCCGACUACUGCUACAAAAUGCAUAAGAAGCCCAACCCCGGCGAAGAAAAGGCCCCGUGCGAUAGAAUAAAAUAUUGUCAACUGUGUAACAGACGUUAUGAAAUUUCAGGACAAGGCAUUGGAGCACAACACAAAUGUGCCCCCGUCCGGUGCCUACAUUGCGGCGAAGAUCUCGUAGUUACGGGAUCGCAUCGGUGCUUUAUUCAACCCCGUGCACCCAAGGAUCCUAGCGAGAACUAUAUUUUCUAUGAUUUUGAAACCCGUUAUGAAAAUGGGAAACACGUCGCUAACUUUGUAUGCGCCAUCACCUUUAAAGGAGAACGAUUUGUGGCAGAAGGUGCCUACUGCGUAGCGUCGCUAAUCAACCAUUUCAGACAACGCCGAUACAAAGGGUACACCUUUAUAGCCCAUUACGCAUCCAAAUUUGAUUCUUUUCUCAUUCUGGAAUAUUUUUGCAAAGCGGGGCUCACGUUGGACAUCAUCAUGCAGGGGUGCAAAUUAAUCUACAUGUAUGACAGCGCGUAUGCACAGCGUUAUAUCGACAGCUACUCGUUCAUCCCGAUGGCUUUGUCUAAGACCCCCGCUGCUCUAAACUUGACCGCUACGGAAAAGGGUUACUUUCCUCAUCAUUUCAACAGAGCGGAAAACGAGAAAUACGUAGGACCGUACCCCGAUAAGACAUUCUACGGUUACGAUAACAUGACCGACAAAAACCAGGACAAGUUUGAUGCGUGGUACGCCACCGUGUCGGGUAAAAUCUUCGACUUCAUGAAAGAGUUGCGCGAUUAUGGUGUGAACGACGUCGUCUUAUUACGCGAAGCAUGCAUGAAAUACCGUCAGUCGUUCAUGGAGUGCACAGAGCUUGACCCGUUCAGCUUUACCACGCUAGCUAGUUGCUGUAUGGGAGUCUUUAAAGCUCAUUAUCUCGAAAGAGAUACGCUAGCUCUGACGCAUAACAAUGCGUACGUUCAAAAGAACAAGACCUACUCCAAUGUUUCGAUCGAAUGGCUCGAGUAUCUCAAAAAGACCCGAAACGUUGACAUUCACCACGCCGUGAACUACGGAGAAGUAUCCAUAGGCAAUUACUUUUUAGACGGAUACUACGAACAAGAUGGUGUUAGACACGCGCUAGAAUUCUGUGUGUGUAUUUAUCACGGCUGUUUAAAGUGUUUUGCAGGGCACCAGACCCAUCCGUUGUCAUACGUACCGUACGGGGUGCUCAACAGACAGUUCGACGAAAAGGUUGACAUUCUCCAGAACGCGUACGGGUUAAAAACCGAAGUGAUGUGGGAGUGCGAAUGGCGUGAAAUGAAACAGACCGUUCCCUCCGUGAUAGAAUUUAUGAGAACUUAUUCAGCCCCCGAGAGGCUAAAACCUAGGGACGCCCUCUUUGGCGGACGAACGAACGCCUAUAAACUCUACCACAAAACUGCUGAAGGAGAAAAAAUAAGCUAUUUGGAUUUUACAAGCUUGUACCCCUUCUGUCAGGCUAGGAAAUCCUAUCCGAUCGGUCACCCCGAAAUCAUUUUCAAGGAUUUCGAGCCGAUUGAUCGCUAUUACGGUCUUGUUAAGUGCACUGUGUACCCACCGCGCAAUUUACUGCAUCCUGUAUUACCUUAUCGCAGCAAUAAAAAACUUCAUUUUCCAUUGUGUCGCACAUGCACGCACACGCAAAACCAAACGACGAGCUGUAAUCACACCGAUGAGGAGAGAGCUCUCUCAGGUUGCUGGGUCAGUAUUGAACUUUUAAAAGCCAUCGAGAAGGGCUAUGUAGUAUCUAGAAUCGACGAGGUAUGGCAUUUCCCGCAACAAUCGGAAACGUUGUUUUGCGAUUACGUGAAAACGUUCUUACGGCUGAAACAGCAAGCGUCCGGCUACCCGUCGAACGUCGUCACGGACACGGACAAAGCGAAUUAUAUUCGCAAUUAUUAUGAAAAAGAGGGGAUUCGUCUCGACCCCGAAAAGAUCAGUCACAACCCCGCUCAGAGGUCAAUCAAUAAACUGCUGUUGAACUCGCUUUGGGGGCGCUUCUCCAUGCGUGAGAACCUUCCCAAAACGAGUCUCGUGGAAAAACCUGAAGAGUUUACCAGAUUAGUUUUCGGCGGAAUCGACACCCUGAAAUAUUUCACGUUCGUGUCGGACGACGUAGCUCUCGUGCAGUAUCAAAGUUCCGAAGGCGAUGUUUGUGAACCUAACAACAUUAACGUGUUUGUAGGAGCAUUUACGACGGCGCACGCUCGGCUCGAGUUGUACGAGCUUAUGGAAAAACUCGGCGACCGUUUGUUAUACUCUGACACAGACAGCGUUAUAUUUGUGUCUAGGGAAGGCGACUGGGUUCCCGCUCUGGGUGACCAUCUGGGGGAGCUGACGAGCGAAUUGGACACCGGUGAUUUCAUUUCUGAGUUCUGUUCCACCGGCCCCAAAUCUUACGGUUAUCGCACGUCCAAAGGAAAAGUGAACAUGAAAGCUAAGGGAAUAACCCUGAACGCUAAAAAUUCUCAAGCCAUCCGAUUAGACACUCUGAUUGGUCUGGUUGACAGCUAUGCGACUUCGCGUGACAGCUCGCGAUACCUCAUGGCCCAUACCGAAAACAUUGUGAGGGAUAAAAAGCAUCUCACGUUGCACAACAAGUCAGUCGUUAAAAGGUUCAAGGUGGUGUAUGAUAAACGGAGACUUUUGACCGAUUUCACCACGGUACCUUAUGGCUACUGACCCCAGGGGCAUGCGGGAUGUUUCUGAUUUUGAUUUCAGACUUCAGCAUCCGUUCUCAUGCGUGAUCAGCGGUCCAUCCAAUUCAGGAAAGUCUUAUUUUGUAAAACUUUUGUUGGAAAAUGCUGCUAAUGUGAUUUCUAAAAAGGUUGAGCACGUUGUUUUUCUGUACGAUUGUUGGCAACCUCUGUAUGAUGAACUGCUUAAAUUGUACAAUAUUAAAUUUGUCGAAGGAAUACCA